AAAUUAUGUCGCAUGGCGAUCGUGACGUCACCGUAGUUUGCGUUACGAUACCUGUGCCACGUAUUUUUGCCGUUUGAGUGUUGUGUAAAGUCGCGCGAUUAACAAUUGAUUACAUGUCUUUUACUUGCUCUUCCCAGGUGACCUAAGAAGCUCUCGGUCGAAAUGGGAUCAUCUCACAGCGUGGAGAUACCGGGAGGAGGCACAGAAGGUUAUCAUGUAUUGAGGGUUCAGGAUGGUUCUCCUGGACAACAAGCAGGUCUUGAAGCAUUUUUUGAUUUUAUUGUGGCAAUCGGCAAUACUCGUCUGGACCAGGAUAAUGAUACUUUGAAGGAGCUUUUAAAAGCUGCUGUAAAUAAGGAAUUAAUGAUCACAGUAUACAGUAGUAAAACACAAUCUGUAAGACGAACGAAGAUUGUACCGAGCAUGACAUGGGGUGGACAGGGAUUGCUAGGCGUUAGUAUACGUUUCUGCUCGUUCGAAGGCGCCAACGAGAACGUGUGGCAUGUACUAGAAGUGCAUCCGUCGUCUCCCGCGGAGUUGGCUGGAUUGCGACCGUUUACCGAUUACAUUAUCGGAGCGGAUUCUAUUCUCCAUGAAAGCGAAGACUUGUUCACUUUAAUAGAGGCGCACGAGUCGCGUCCUCUCAAAUUGUAUGUAUAUAACACUGAGGAUGAUUCUUGUAGGGAAGUGACCAUUACACCUAACAACACCUGGGGCGGCAAAGGAAGCCUAGGGUGUGGAAUCGGAUAUGGAUAUCUGCACAGAAUACCCGUCAGGAGUGUGCCUGAGCAUAAACCUGUUAAUUCAUACGCGAACGUUACUAAAGUCGCUGCCCAAACGCAACCAGCGGCGCCAGCACCGGCAACAGUGACCACUCCUGUCGCUACUACAGGACAAAUCAAUCCUAUUACCAAUGCACCAGCUGGAUUAUCCGUCCCGCCGAGUUACACACACACAGCGCACUUGGAUAACUCCGCGAAAACUUUGAAGAGUGAACAGGAAGCCAUAUCAAUUCAGAACAUACCUGGACCAAGUGCACAAGAGAUGCAAGCAACGAGUCAAGUCAAUUUUACCGGUGCUGCCGUUGGUAGUUAUGCACCUAUCGGUUCGGCACCUCAUGUGUACCCGACUCAGCCCGCUGUCAACUUUUCACCUGGCACAUACCAAGCGACUCCAAGUAUUCCUGGUAUGCCAACUACUCCAGCAUUACCGACAGUAUUACCAGCUGGCAUGACUAAUUCUUACGAAGCUGCAACGGCAUCGCCUGGAUCAAUCAGCAGUGUCUUGGGACAACAGAAAGAACAGAAUCCUGGUGUCAUGGCAUUCAAUGUGCCAGGAUUUCAGAAAGAACAGAUUCCUGCGCAUCAUAACACGGUCGUAACUGGUGGAUUUAACGUACCUCAAGCUCACGUUGUGACGACGCCUAUCGCACUGCCAGGAAUGCCGCCUAUCACAGUCAGCGCCUCCCUUCCGCAGAACACUUCCUUCUAUUCAUCCGUUAUUGAACAACAAAACCAAUUUCCAUCUGGUAUUACCACUACUACCGUUCCUUCAACAUUAGCAUCGUCGACGUCUACGCAGUAAUGAGAGGCAUGUGUUUACGAAUUAAACGAAUGAGGGGGGGAAAGGAUAUGAUUUUCACUUUAAUAAGAGUGCCCGUGAAAUAAAAUCUGAUUACUUAUCCGUUCUAAAAUUGCAUAUGACUCAAACCACUGGGGGACUAUGUUACGUUUCCUUAAUAAUAAUAAAGUAUCAAGAAUGUGAUGUGCAUAUAAUAAAUUUUUUAAUGUGUACUAAAGAAGAUAGUAUUGUAAUAUUGUAUAUAAAUAAAAUAUUGCAAAAUCUUAAUUAUACUAAAUUGCACUGUGAAAGAAA